AUUCCAGGUUAUGGCCAUGUUACGCCAUUAUCAAAUUUUGGUAAAGGAUUUACAAUUUUAUAUUCCGUUUUUGGAAUUCCAUUAACGCUCAUCUUACUGGCGGCAUUUGCGGAGCGACUGAUGCUACCGGUUCUAAUGCUGUUAAGAUUGAUGUUUGAUGCUCUACACUUAAUUAUGAGACCUUUCUUCAUCCAGUUCCUUCAUCUCAUUGUAAUUGGGACCCUAAUUGUGGCAUUCCUUUUCAUUCUUCCAUCUGUACUGUUUACUUAUCUAGAACCCAACUGGGAUUUUCUUGAUAGUUUCUACUUCUGUUACAUAUCCCUCACUACUAUUGGAUUGGGAGACUUGGUUCCCGGUGAAAGUCUAGGAUUAGAUUACAAUAAUCUAUACAAAGUUUUCACUUCAGUUUAUCUUUUGGUGGGUUUGACUUUUAUGGUAAUGUUCCUCAGUCUGGUAGCCGAGAUUCCGCAGCUUAAUCUAGGAUUAUUAUUCUUGAAGAAAGGUGAUGAGAUUACGGACGAUCCGGAACAAAUGAGACUACCUUUACAGUCUAGUGAUAAGUAUCAGAGGUAUCUUAUGCCGCAAACUACCGAUCAAAUAAAGGCGUCGGUGCUGAUAAAUCAGUACGAUUCUUACGGAGAUAAAAGUGUCAUACAGCAAUAAUGGGCUGUUGUGUAAAAACAGCUUUUUUCUUUGUUCUUUGAUGUGUAGGCAAUGUCACAAUGCACCCAAAUGCUGAAUUCAAAAUAAAAUAUUCUUGUACAUAAUGUGUUAAUGAUAUUUAAAUAAAUCUAAGCUGUUAAAAUUAAUAAAAAAUAUUAAAAGUUUA